UAUAGGAUGAGAAACUAUCCUGGGAGGAAAAAGAAUUAAGAAAUGCAUAGGACCUCAGUCCAGCAAAGUGUAGCCUGUUCAUGGACAUGUGUUGGAUUAUCAUACGAUUCCACAUUUUUGGCACUAACAGCCUGUAUUGGCUAUUUAGCUAUUUACUUGAUGUCAACUAGUCCACAGGGUACCAGGACCAGUAGGACUCACCUUUAAGCAGUCUCAUGAAUUUCUAAAUCUUGAAGCCACCCAUUAUGUUUUCCAUGAUGAUUUCAACACACCAUGGAUGUGUUACUCAAAUACUGGUGCAGAAUGCUUCGAUUACUAUAAAGCAUGGAAACCAACAACCAUUUCCUGAAAGCUGAGCUCAGAAGUGCCACUGAUGUCAGAGACUGUAUCACUGCACCUCCUCCCCCUACACCCUAUAAUAGUAAUAAUCCUUGUUAAUACUGAGUUACACUUUAACAGCUACUUAAGAGUCAGGAAAUUGUCAGCUAAAGAUAUAAAAGUAAGAGUAGCUCUCAGCCUCAUCAAAGCAGGACUAAUAAGCAAAGGCAUCUGGUCUAAAUAGGAAAUGACACAGAAGAGAGAUCUCAUUUUUAUGGUUAAAGGUAAGACUCCUUGUACAAACACAACCAGCUGCACUGAUCACCGCUGGCAUUUCUCAGAUUUCAGCCUCGAUAAACCAGCAGUGGAAUCCUGCAUCUGUUUCCAGACAAGUGUUGGUAAGCUGUGACCAAAGCCUAAACUGGACUGUGCAAGCCCAACACCUGUGGGCCUCCAAGCCACAGUGGAGGAUUAACCUUACAGAUAAGACUUAACUGUCAAAGACAGCAUGAGCCUGCACUCCAGAAACAGAUUCUUUAAUAACCCCCUUCCUCCACCCCUACCAGCUUUUGCUGGAAGGAGAUAUUUGUGGUGCUGCCAAGAUCCUCAUCAAGGGCUUAACACUACAGCUAGACCCUGUCUUAUUUACUGGUACUUCGCUUUUUUGAUGUGGUAUGUCAAAUAUCACAGAUGCUCCAAAAUCAAUGCUUUGGUUCUAAACUGUAAGGAAUAACACUCAGAAGAGUCAAAAGCCAAACUUUUUCUAAGCUAAGCUUCGCCAUUUUUUUCCUUGUCUUUAUCAGCUGAUAGAGGGACAUGCUCCACAAUGGUUCGCUAUUACCAGAGUUCUGUUAAAGAGCUGCUCAGCCUGGCUGCCUUGCCCCACAGUGUCCAGCGCUCCUGUAACACAGCGAUCUCCAUCUCAGUGGCCAGAUGAAAGGAGUCUCUUCCUUGCUAUCAGAUCAUUUCCAGCCAUAUUUCUCAUCUCCUUUAUCACUGGGUGAAAACUCAUGAACUUACAACUCCUCUAAUGUUUAUAUUUAGGUAUUGAAGGGACAUCCCAUAAGAACAAAGAUGUUUUUUUCAGUCUUACAAGUAAAAAUAUUUGCAUUAUUUUAAUGAACUACAGUAAUUGUGUUAUAUCUUACAAAAAUAUUUUGAAAUACAUUUUAUAAAAUUAAGAACAAAAGUACUGCUGGAAUAGUCUUGGUAUUUACAAAAGUGGUUUCCCAGGAAGAAUUUCAAAGCUGUGUUGCAGAUUCCACAGGCACUUUUUGGUUUAGCAAUGGAUUUUAUAGAGGCUGGUGCAACAGGAGUAAUUCCCCUCCUCCCAGAGCCCAGCAAACUGGGAAUGCAUAGCGUUUUCUGCCCUCUGUGCAAGAAAACCCACAAGGUGGAAGAACAGGGUCUGUCCACUCCCUUGGAGCUGCUCCCCCAGAUGGCAGAUGUCCUUCCCCUGACACCGGUUACCUAGAUAAUAUAUUUCUCUUUACAAAGCUCCCUCAUUCAACUUUGAUUAAUCCAGUAGCUUUCGCAACCCACUGCUGCCAAGAGAGACCUUGCUGUCCUCCUCCUUUGGUUCAGUGCACUACCCACGCCCAAAAGUGGGUAUUUUUGGGGUGGAAUUUUUGAUUGUUUGGGGUUUAUUUGUAGUUGAGUUACUUCUCCGCUGAUUUUAUGAGCUCAACCCACUUGGCACCAGGCAGGUAGCAGAGCUGGGAGGGGACAGGACAGCACCACAGGGAAUAAGCCUGAGAGGAGGAAGGUGGAGGGGAAGCAGCAAUGAGCAAUUAGAUCAGCUCUGCCACUCAGUCUUCGCUUGUUAUCCCCAGAAAAGGCCCCAGCAGGGAGUGUUCCCUCCCAGUGUCAGCCCUCUCAGGGGGACACAGGCUGGUUUUCCCAGAGGAGAAGCAAGGGAAGUUAUUAACUGUCUGGCAAAGCAUCCUUUUAAUUCUAGUGAAAAGGAAAACCUGUAAAUGAGUCUUUUUAAGUCUGGAAUAUCAAAAUGCAAACUACAAAGAGAACCAGUGGGCCCCACUGAGUGCUCAGUGCUUGCUUUCAGCUGGGGGCUCUGAGGUCCUUCCUGCAGGAGCAGCCCAGCACAGCCCUCUGCACAGCUCAGCCCCAGCCCUGGGCAUCUGCUGCCAUCAAGGACUCUGAGCAAGGGCGAACCCAAGCUACUAAAAUAUAGCAGACAAGAGGGACAGGAACAGUUUCUCCCAUUUGUUUAACCUCCCACUUGGCUGACGUCAUUUAAAAAUACCACGUAUCUUUACUUCUGUGAAAGAGGCAUGACAGUUUGAAGCAAUACAUGUGGGUUCCUCUUGCACAGGUUCCUCUGGAAAAGAUUAAUUUCAUCUUAUGAUGCCUUAAGAGCAACUCACAUGCUGAACUAAAUGUCUCCACUCAGCCCAACCCUGCCAGAGAAUCAUCUCAAGCAGCUGUGGGAUCCUCUGCCCCUGCCUCCGCCAGGAGAGCAGGGAGGGAAGGGCAGCUGGCAGGAGGCAAGUGGGGCUGGGUCACUCUGGGGCCAAUCACUGAAAUAUAAAAGCAGGGGAAAACUCCACACAAAACUCAAAAUAACUGGCUCAGACUUCAGAAAAUUUUAAGAAUAACCCAUUCUGGCUUGUUCUUGCAUCUUCAGGCUGCACUUUGGUUUGUGCUGCAGUUGUCCUCCAGCCAGUUAUGCACUUAAUUUUUAAACUGAGAUUUAUAUAAAGUCUCUUUAUUCCAGAAACACAAAGUUCCUGGAAAACCACCAAAUAAAGAGCUGUGGUUUUCACAGCCAAGCUGACUCAAGAGACCCCCACUCCCACACUGGCUGCUCACCCCAGCCCAGGCAGCUGCCUGCACCUCCAGCACAGUGGGAGAAGAGCUGGGAAUGGUGGUGGCUGGGUGGGCACAUGGGCAGAUGCCACCACGAAGGAAGGAGGAACAUCCUGGCUGAACAGGUUGCCAUCCACAUCUGCCACCCUCACACAAGACCUGUUAUGCCACAGCAUCCUCCUUCACCACAAGCAUCAGUGCUGCCCUUUGCAUCACAUUUUGGCACAAGCGAGUCCCUCCAGCACAUCUAGAGUGCUUGGGCAGGAAGGCACAGAAAGGCAGGAGCACCUACCUGCUCUCUGUCCCAAGUCCAUCCCAAAUGCCACACAGCGGUGCACUUCCAGCCCAGGCAAAGCUGUCAUCUCACACAGUGUGAGCUCUCUGCACAAAUACGAGCAGAGCAGGAAGCACUUGGCACUGGAUAACCCCAAGUCCCAGGACAACUCCUCCUGCUUGGUGCAGGUUCUCAGUCCCUAACUCAGCCUCCCGAAGUUCUUUCCCCCACUUCAGAGCUGGUCUAUGCCAAAGGACCUUGAGAUUUAUUUUUGUAAUGUCUUUUUAAAACAAUACAUUUCAAUCCUAACAAUGAAAAGAUAAAUUAAACAUUAAAAAAAAUUUUCAUUGUAGAAAAUUAACAUUAACUGUGGACUGACUGUACAUCAACCAUGUCACAGCUGGAAAUGAAGGGAAGGCACCAGAUCAAAGUGCCACCUGCCCUGUGCAGCCCUGGCCAUGUGCCAAGCACAGGGUGCUGCUGAGCUCAGCACUCACCCAAGCAGAUUGAUGCCCUCAAGUCCUGAUGACAUCUUACUUCUAGGGGACUAAGGAGGAUCCAGGUGCAUUUAUCAGUCACCCUCAUUUGCCCUGCGUUCCAAGUGAGCCUACCCACAGUUACACAAUUUAAUACUUGACAGCACCCCAGUCCUCAAGCCCAUGACCCGCAGGUCCCCAUGCCCCACUCCCGCAUGGCUGUGACCCCUAUAACAGCCCUGGCAUCACUCCCUGCAAUUUUCAGCAAUAGCGUGCAGCAGAGGCCGUGCUCUCGGGCACUUGACAGGCAGGUCAAGAAGUGAGAGAGCUCUACAAGGAAGGGUAUGUUCACAGAGUUUCUCAUUUCCACAUAAACCACUGGCUGACAUGGAGAACAAGGACAUGAGUGCUCAGACCAGGAAGAAGAGGAUGGUGUGCUUGAAGGGGAAAUUGGGGGAAGCUGGCGUGUGCCCCAAGGCAAAGCACAAGCAUCCCAAAUCAAGCUGCUCAGCACCAGCAGAAAAGUAAGAACUGCAACUAUUUAAAAGCUUUUGAAUAAAAUGAGCUCUUCAAGAUACUCAGAAGUACAGCAGUAUUUUCCUUAAUUCCUAGAGUACUAGCUGUAAUAUUGUUGUUUCCUUGCACUAUCACAGACUUAGUCUAGCAUAGAUACACACCCAAGAGCAGCUCACUGGGGUUAAAAAGCCCUUCAUACUAGCCAGGCUUAAUAAUUACAGCUCCUGAGGACAGUCCUAAUCAGGUAAUGCUACCUAAAAACCAAAAAUUCAUAGCUUGCUUCUACCAACAGCAGGGGAAAGCAAGUUGCAGGUCUCCAAGCCCAUGAACCCCACAUGGCAAGAGGCAGCCCUGCUCUCCUCCUGCCCAUUCUGGGGGCAAGGAGCUCCCGUGCCUCUGAUCAGUUUCUUAAUGGCUUUGUGUUGAACCUGACCCAGCUAAAUCAGCCAAGCGAGCACACAGCUCCACACAGCCUCAGGACCCUGCCCUGGGUAUUUUUCAGCUGGAUCAAGCCCUCACUACCUAAUCCCCUAGUACUGGCUCUUGGUGGGAACAGGACAAACCAGAUUUGGGCACAACUCCACAGAUCACAUCAUUGCAGUUCAACAUCACCAAAUGAAGAGGCCCUACUUAUCUCUUCUUGUUCAGGGCUGCACCUCCUUGCUGCUUGCUUACUUUGUGAUGGCUUCACAUGUUUCUGUGAACUAAUAUCACUCUCUAAAAUUGCAGAAACCUAACCCAGUAGAAAAACUAGGUUCAGUAAGGCAAAUCAGAUAACAAAAAAAAGCACAAGGACUGAGAGAGGAACCACACAAGCAAGACAUUAGAAAGUAUGGCUUAACCUAGAGAACCAGAGCCAACCAAACCCACCCUUCAUCAGCAGAAAACUAUUACACUGCAUAAAAGCACUCAAAUUGGCUUAAAUUAGUGCUCAGCUGUUGCUGAGCCAAUCUGGUUUUGGGAUCCUGGUGAAAUAGGAGGCACCUGGAUAGUAACAAGCUGGGCUGUUCACCUGGGGAAGGAGGAGUCCUGGGGUCCUGUGUGGGUGUGAGGAUGCCCCUGUUUGCAUGGUCUCCUUGCUGAGCAUUAGGGAAGCUUCUCUCCAUCUCUAGUAGCAGAUGAGAAAGAGGGGUGAACAAGUGGCUUCUCAAUGUCCCACUGACCCACACAGCCUCCCUGGUAGGAACAAAGGUGUGAGCAGAUGUUGGUGCUGCCUGCGUUAUACCUGAGUCUUGGUUAAAAAGCCCACUUUCUCCACCCAGGCUCAACCCAGCUCCUCGCUGAGGUGGGCACAGCCUUGCUCUGCACUUGGUGCUGUCUCCAGCCCCGUGUUCCUGCUGUGCUGCCUCCCCAGCUGAGCUGGGCUCUGCUGAGCCCUUCCUGGCAGGUAAGAGAUGGGUGGCCUCAGCCACUUCUUGGUCACUUUGGAGUUCAUGUCCUCAGUUAUUUUCAGGUAACUUUGUCACCUAGAAGUGAUUUUAUUGUCCUGGCACUCAGAAUGGUAGCACUAGUGGUAAAGAUGUUAACUUGGUUAAACCGAUUUUUAGGGGGAAGACACCUCAAUGUUAACAGUAUUAUUGGCUUCCAAACUCAGCUUAUAUCAGUGAAGUUUUACUGACUGCACCUGUGUUUUACCCAGCCAUGACUUACUAAUGAUGAAAGAGUAACAUAAAACUUCUCAAAGUUAAUAUAAACUCUGUGCAAACCUACUUCAGGAAUUUCUGUGGGAUUUUACUUUUAUCUCAGUCUGGCUUUUUAAAACACUUGAAAACAAAUCAACACAGUUCUGUAGUUGCUAAAGCCUAUAUUCUAACUCAGACUUUGCCCAUUAUAUCAGAACCUGAUGAGGAUUUGAAUGAAAAAACAUGCUGUAGCUGCAGUUGAUUUUUACUAUGAGUUUCUGAAAAUCCACACCAUAUUUAUAUUAUUGAAACUUUAUUUCAAAUAACUGAUCCUCUUUCUUUCAACUAAUACUUUUGGUUUGGUUUACACUUUAAAAAAUGAGAAUUAUGUUCACAUAAUACAUGUAUAUACAAACUGUUACAGAAAAUUAGUGUAUUAUUGUAUGAACCACAAACAGACUGCUUCCAAAGAAAUGCUCCAGCUGUUAUUCGACAAAAUAGUUAAACACGUACUCAGUUUUAAGCAGACAAGAUAGUUUUUUCUUCGCCUUAAGGUACCCACGUAUGUACUUUGUUUAGAGGAUACCGGGAUGCACUUAAAAGAAAAGAGAGGAACAUUAUUUCUGAUGGACACUUGGUGGCAGCUUUUAUCUGUAGGCUUAAUAGCCCACUUCAGGGGACAAGCCAGCAAACAGACUAUAAACAGCUGGGCUAUGUCUUCCCCAGAAGAUUUGGUCAACAACUUUCUUUAAUCAUAAAAAUAUUUUCCCAGGAACAUUAAAAUCAAUGCAAAUAUUUAUUUUGACAGAAGCAGGCAGAUUUUUAUUUUUCCUUUAGGAAACCAACUGAGGAACAACUGUUUUGUGAGGUUCUUUUGCAAAUUUGAGUGCAGAAUGAUUGGCAAUUUUUUAAAUUUUUUUUUUUUUUAAACCUCACCCAGCUCUGAAAAUGACAUUUAGAUAUUCAAGUGGAAAAGCCAUUGCUAGGCCUGGUAAACUUUCUUAUGAAAAUCAUUCAUCCUUAUUGCAACAGUGAGAUCUGAGUAUAAAACAUGUUGUAUGGUGAUUGUUUGCCUGUCUGUGGUUUUUGGGGGGUCCUGGAAUUGUUGGAGUGCCAAGAAAGACUUGGUGAAAGAUCGCAGUUCAGUUUACUGAAAUAUCCGCUGGAUUAUAAACAUGGCCCUUGGAGGCCUGGGAAUAAAGCUAUGUGGUGUCUGAUGGUUUAUUGGGCUGUUUGGGUAUAAACCUUGGUGAGGGUUAAAGUGAGGUGGGGGUCCCUGGGCUUCCAGGGCAAGGCAGUGACUGACACCCAGUCCUGAAGCUUUAGCCAGGAAUGGCAAAUGAUGAAUUUGGUGUUUGGGUGUGGGGCAGCACAUCAGGUCCCACUAUCGCUGGUGCUGAGCACUGCUGAGUGACAAGGAUGGGCCCUGUCCCAAGACACAAGGUGUAGGCUAAGGCUGGAGAACGGGGAACGUGCAUCCCCUGGUAAGUCCCAGCUCAGUGUCUGCACAGGACAGAGUCCCUUCCUGGCACUGAGAGGGAAACCUUGACAUGUGGCCUGAAAGGGAGCUGUGCUCCUGCCAAACCUCAUGCUCAGACAUUAGCAAGCACUCCUAUCUACAGGUUUCUAGCAGCUUAUGAUAAUGUAUCAUAUAUUGGGAAUCAUAAACCAAGGAAAAAGUCAAUUUCUUCUCUUAAUACUGAGGAUAUUUAUUGAGCAUUCAGAACCUUUGUUACUGGGAGAAGCUUUAUAUUUCAUUUUCUCCAGCAAUUUUGCUCACGCUGCCCUUUCCAGUCCAGCUAGGAAGACAACUCGACCUAUGCCAUUCGCGUCGGGGUGUUGCUGUUUUACCCUCAGCCCCCUGCCCGGGGCUCCCCCAUCCCACCUCGGGGUCUGCGGGGAGCGCGAAGGGGCAGGACCUGCCCAGCCUGGGGCAGCCGACUCCUCAUUAGCGCCAAUUAACCGCAGGGCCGCACCGCCGGAGGGGGCAGCAGCAGCAGCAUCCGCCCUUCCCGCCCCCUCCUCCUCCCGCCGGGGCCCGCGGAGGUUGCGCGGUUGGGCAGCACUUCCGUGGGCACCGAGCGGUGGCUCCCGGAGCCCGGCCUGGAAGCACCGCCUGCGGUGGGGGCGACCCGCGGAAGGGGCGUUCUGCAGCGCCCCAAAGGAGCUGAAGUUGCCCAUGUAUAAGGCUCAUUCACCACAGAUCGGGAUGCGCCGAUACUUGAUUGAUCUCUUGACUGUCCUCAGCAACCGUUUCAACCUCUGCCCUACGGCCCGGCAUCUCGCUAUCUAUUUAUUGGACCUCUUUAUGGAUCGCUAUGAUACCACUGUCAAGCAACUGCAUGUCACUUCGUUUGCCUGUCUCCUUCUAGCAAGUAAAUUUGAAGAAAAAGAAGAUAAAGUUCCGAAGUUGGAGCACUUAAAUAACGUGGCGUACAUGUGCAAUGUGAAUGUGGUAUUGAACAAGAAAGAUUUGCUUAGAAUGGAAAUGCUGCUUUUGGAAAACUUCAACUGGAACCUCUGUCUGCCAACAGCAGCGCACUACAUCGACUACUACCUCCAUGCGUCCGUUGGCGAGAAUGACCUUCACGACGGCUGGCCGGUCACCUCGCUGACCAAAACCAAAGCUUUUCUGGAGAAAUACGCGUAUUAUUUCCUUGAUUUCUCAGUGCAAGAUCACGCUUUCCUCCAUUUUCGUCCAUCUUUGAUUGCUGCAGCUUGUGUGUGCGCCUCCCGUAUCUGCAUGCAGAUUUCUCCUGCCUGGACAACACAGCUUGAAUUGCUAACAUGUUAUUCCUGGGAACAUCUCGUUCAAUGCAUUGAGAUGAUGCUCAUAUGUUAUGAGAAUGACAUCAAAGAAGCCAGUAAUAUAAAAAAGCACGUGACAAUUCAACAUCAAGAACGGGAAGCAGUGGAAAAUCUGAGCCAUCAAGCCACUACUCAAGUUCUCUUCCAGCAAUCUAGUUACCACCCUUUAGCCCUGCAUCCCACUCCGCUUUCCCAGUUCCAGUCACCAGUGCAAGAUUUGUGCUCGGCUUAUCGUGACUCCUUAGAGGCGCGCAGGGCCAGCAGUCUGCUCGUCGGGUGCGCUGACAGCUCCUUCCGCUCCUGCGCUGCUCUUCAGGCCGGGCUGGGGCCGCCUGCCCAGCCCCUGCCCCUCCAAAUGCCCAUUGCUGUGCAGGUGGCCUUGGGAACAGAGCCCAGGCACUGCGUUUCCAUGGCUUACAGCAGUACUUACCUCAGUGACCUUCACCCGUGUGCAGCUCGGUGUUUUGAUGGAUAAAUAUUGAUGGGAGAAAAAGGUGACAUGAACAGAAGCUGAAGAAGAGAGCCUAUGUGUGAUACAAGAUGUGUGUAUCACAAUGAAAACCAUGAAGGAACAGAAUCUUUGACUUGCUCAUUCAGAGGACGUUGAUCUGGAUCCGCUGAUCACUGGAACCUGGGUGCCUUUCUGCCAAGGGUUAUACCUUUGGCUCUUAAUGAGAAAUAGAAAUUCAUUGAUAUACCUCCUUCAGUGUCACUUUGAGAGGUAUCUGCAUAAAACCCUGUGGAGAUUGCUUCCUUCUGCUCUUCAGUCAGUGACUCACCAGAGCUGGCUGAGGGCUUGUGUUAAGAGUUACUUCAGGCUGGAGUGUUUGUUGAAUUUCUGGCCAAGUAGCCGUGUAGCUAGAGGAUGCUGUUGGAAACCACUGGGAGAGAAGGAGAGCACCCCAUGAUGUGUCACUUGAACAGUGGCAGCUUAUACUACUGGAAGCUUCUAGAAUAUACUGAAAUUGCUAACAGUUAAACGUGAAUUUCAUUUAUGUAGAAAUCUAUGUGUAGAACACUUGCCGUUUCUUUGAGCAGGAGUGAUAUGUCAGGAGUAAGACUUUAGAAUAAAAAGAAAAAUAAAAACGGGUCAGAAGACUAUAAAAUAUUUUUUAAUUGAUGUUCUGUUGGAAUCUGAACGUGGUGCUGCUGAACAGAACAUCACUCUGCCUUCAAGUAUUUUAGAAAUAAAAGCAAAACCUUAAAUCAUCACUUAAAGAUUUAAAAUGCUGCUGAUUUUGAAACUGCAGAUCGUUGUUAGUAAAAGUGUUCAUGAUCUUUAUCAGGGAUUUAACGCUACUUGAAGAAAUCCUCUUGGAUAAACUCUUGAAAGGUUCACUGCCUUCAGUUAUUUUAUCUUUCAGGCUCCAUGACUUGUGGCAGUAGUCUGGGUUCAGGACAGAGGAACUGGUGUUAAUGGGGGCAAGGACAGGGAACUAGUUAACUUUACUGUGAAAUUACAGUUCUGAUUGCAGUGCCAGACAAGGCUGACUUUGGUUUUUAAACACCGUCUUGGCACUCUCUUGGAAAACUUAGCUGGUAAAUUGAAAGUCCCAUUGCUUCUUUGCAAUGAGACACACUCCUACUGUCACAUAUUCAAAGGUUUCUUUUUCAGCUGAAACCAGGGAUAAUGGUUUUUAUGUUAAUAGAGAUAUUUACAAGAAAUGGACUUGUGCAAAUGUGAAACUUUAGUUUUGAUAUAUGCAACCACUGUUGUAAAUCCCUUUGAAGGCAGGACUCUGUCUUUUCUCUGACAGUUCUCAGGACAGCAAUGCAAAUAACGUGCAAUAUGCUUUUACUGACUCGGGGCAAUUUUUUCAAGUCACGUGUCACAGUCUUGUUUUAAAUUAUAUUUUUAGAGAUUUGUUUCUAAGGGUGUUUUAGGGUGGAGGGCAAAAACUAGCCUGUGUGCUAAUGUGUGUUUGUGUAACUGUCUUCUGAGAACGCAGUCUUUGGUAUCAAGGUAAUUUCUUCCAUUCAGCAGGCUAGAGCGAUCUGCUUGUUUUAUUAAACAAAAAAAUGCAAAGUGUAAAUGAAGAGGCAGUACUCUUCAGAAAUUAGUCUAGAAGUCUAGAGAACUUAGUUCUUCUGUUGAAUUUGUAUUUAUAUUAAACUUUAUUUUCAGAAGACUUCAAUGUAUUUUUGUCAUUUGACAGACAUGAACAACAACAUACAUGUGGCAUUACUGUUGUGUGCUUUUGUUCUUUAUCACCCUUAUAAUUUGUGUCACAUGUGGUGUUAUACUUUGGACUGCCAUUGUGAUUAAUUGUGAAAAUAAUUGCUAAAUUCCCAGUGAAAGUUUCCAAUAAACAAGCACACAGCUCAAGUACCCCA